AUGUGGGUCUCUCGACUGCAUUACCGCGUACCGUGCAGACCAUCAGUUCUAACGGUUCGAAGAUAUUCAUGUCAGAGUUCAGAUACGAAACAAUCUGGAUCUACAGUUCGUGUACGAUACGCUCCGAGUCCGACUGGAUACCUACAUCUUGGUGGUCUGCGCACCGCAUUGUUUAAUUAUUUAUUCGCCAAGAGUUGUGGCGGGAAGUUCAUUCUGCGCAUUGAAGACACUGAUAAAACACGUCAGGUGAAAGGGUCUGUGGAGGCACUGGUGGAUAGCCUCAAGUGGUGUGGAAUUGAAGAGGACGAAGGCCCUAAUGUUGGAGGCCCAUACGGUCCGUAUAUUCAGUCAAAGAGACUUUCAAUUUACCAGGAGGCGGCCGAGAAGCUGGUUGAGAAUGGUCAUGCCUAUCGUUGUUUUUGCACGAACGAGCGCCUGCAGAAGCUGCGUGAGUCGCAGAUCCGCUAUGGUGAAGCGACGAUGUACGACCGUGCGUGUUUGGGCCUGGAUGAGGAGGAGGUGAAAAAACGAAUUGCAUGUGGCGAGAUAAACACAAUUCGCCUAAAAAUUCCAGAGGGUAAAACGGUUGUCAAGGACAUGCUGCGUGGAUACGUGCAGUUCGAUCAUGGUGGUAUUGAUGAUCAGGUUUUAAUGAAGAGCGACGGAUAUCCGACGUAUCAUCUAGCCAACGUGGUGGAUGAUCAUGCGAUGCGUAUUUCUCACGUCAUUCGUGGUGAGGAGUGGCUACCAUCGACACCGAAGCAUGUCAUCCUGUAUAAGGCACUGGGUUACAAAGCUCCGAUAUGGGCGCAUUUGGGUCUUCUACUCAAUGAAGACCGCUCUAAAUUAUCGAAACGUCAAGGCGAUGUCGCGGUUGAGGACUUUCGGGACAAGGGCUUUCUCUCAAGCGGCCUUGUAAACUUUGUCGCUCUUUUGGGCUGGAACUCUGCUGACGGAAAUAACCAAGAAAUUUAUCAGAUGAAAGAGCUAGAAAGACAUUUUUCGAUUGGCCACGUGAACAAAGCAGGCUCAGUUGUGAAUACGGAUCGUCUUCGUUGGGUCAACUCGCGUCAUGUGCGGAUGCUGUUUGCUGAAGAAGCUGCAACGGACGAGCAGAAAUUGGCUGUCGUAAACAAUGUCUUGUUGAUGAUUUCUUCUGCUCUUGAAGAAACAGGCUUGUCUUCAAGGCCAGGUGACAUGAUCGAGAAGUUCGGUCUCAAUUACAUCUGGCGAGCGAUGAAGCUGAUGAAGGAACGCGUAAGUGCACUGCCUGAGUUUGGCCCACUUUGCAUCCCGUUCUUUACGGAUCCUGAUCUCAGCUCGCUGGUUGCACAAGACAUGAAAACCAAGUACAUUGAUGAGAACACGGCCGAUCUCGUUGCGGAUGUGUGUUCGAGCCUGUGUAACCUUUCGGACGAAGAAUUUACCCCGGAUCUUAUUACAAAGAGUAUUAAGGCUGUUGCAAAAAGUCGGAACAUUGGGCUUAAAAAGGUGCUGAUGCCAGUCCGUUAUUAUUUGACUGGCAUGGAUGUCGGUGCUGGAUUGGGUGACACAAUUGAGCUGCUUGGCCUCAAAACGGUGCUUCGACGUCUAAAGUCCAGUAGGGCGUCGUCCUGA